CCUCUCCCCUCUUGUCACGAUUAUUUUUGUUUUCAUCAACCAUUUGUGACAUUCACAGAAAGAUCCAUUCAAAACAGUGAAAAAAUGUAUUUAAAUUGGAUCAAAAUAACUGAAAGAGCUGCCGAGGGAAUAAAAAUCAUAAAUAAAUUGGAUGACGAGGUGUUUACGACGGUAAUCAGUUAUGUCCACAAAAAUAUGUCUCCUGAUGAAACGGAUGAUGAUAACCGUGGUCUGGAGGAGCUGGAACAAUUGGUGAAGGUGGAUCGGCAAGAUUUCUUGCUGCUAAUCAAAACACUGUCCUACAUUUUGAAGCGAGCCUCCACAUUCAUCAUGAAUCCGUCAAAGUUUCAGCAGGAACUGAAACACAAACUCAAACUGCAGGACAGUAAAAUCGAUGUCAUCAUGAAGUUGUGGAUCAAAAAUUUGAAACCGAUAUUGGAUAAUUUGGAAAUUGAAGGCGGCGGAUCAAGGGAAUUGGACGAUGUGAAUUGGGAGUUAAAGGUGCAAUUGUCGUCGGAGGCUCAACAAAAAGAAAAAACUCCCAUUGCUAUGCUGCAGCUGGGAAUGAAUGCAGGUGAGCCAGUAAACCUAGAAAUUAAUCAUUCCGAACUGCUUAAUCUAUACAAUCAAUUGGAAACGAUACAGAAUGAAUUAGAUUCGUUGCGAAGCAAGUAAUGUUAAUGAGAAAAUUGGAAUUGAAUAAACAAGACAGUAGUUUAAAUGAAACCU